AUGUUGCUGACAUCUUCUUGUGAUUGUCUCAGGGUUUCACAGGUUACCAGGGAAGGAAAAUUUAUGCAGUCUGAUGUCCCCCGCCAGCUAGUUUAUGGGACUAUGGUAUUUGUCCGACAAACAAUUGUUGCAGAUGCUUCCUGUGCUUUGUCACGGGCAGUUUGUAUUGCUACAAGGUAUAGUGCUGUUCGUAGACAAUUUGGUUCCCAGAAUGGACUUGAAACCCAGGUGAUUGAUUAUAAAACUCAGCAAAGUAGGCUUUUCCCUUUGAUGGCUUCUGCUUAUGCCUUUAGAUUUGUCGGUGAGUGGUUGACAUGGUUAUAUAAGGAUGUCACCCAAAGAUUGCAAGCCAAUGACUUCUCAACAUUGCCUGAGGCUCAUGCAUGCACUGCAGGGCUGAAGUCUUUGACUACUUCUGCUACUGCGGAUGGGAUUGAAGAAUGCCGGAAAUUAUGUGGGGGCCAUGGCUACCUUUGCAGCAGUGGGCUUCCAGAAUUAUUUGCAGUUUAUGUCCCUGCAUGUACAUAUGAAGGAGACAAUUUUGUGCUGCUUCUACAGGUUGCAAGGUUCCUUAUGAAGACUGUUUCUCAGCUGGGGUCUGGAAAAAAACCCGUGGGGACAGUAGGUUAUAUGGGGCGAAUUGAACACCUGAUGCAAUGUCGCUGUGAUGUUCAAAGAGCUGAGGACUGGUUAAAGCCUAGUGCAAUAUUGGAGGCAUUUGAGGCAAGGGCUGCUAGAAUGUCUGUUGCCCGUGCUGAAAACCUGAGCAAGUUUGCAAAUUCAGAAGAAGGAUUUGCAGAACUGUCCGCUGAUUUGGUUGAGGCUGCAGUUGCUCACUGCCAAUUAAUUAUUGUUUCCAAGUUCAUUGAGAAAGUGCAGCAAGACAUUCCGGGGAAGGGGGUCAAACACCAGUUAGAGGUGCUUUGCAACGUCUAUGCCUUGUUCCUUCUCCACAAGCAUCAGGGUGAAUUCCUUGCCACCAGCUGCAUCACCCCCAAGCAGGCUUCACUUGCUAAUGAUCAGCUCAGGACUUUAUAUUCCCAGGUUCGUCCAAAUGCAAUUUCACUUGUUGAUGCAUUUAACUACACUGAUCACUACCUUGGUUCAAUUCUUGGCCGGUAUGAUGGAAAUGUGUAUCCAAAACUCUAUGAGGCGGCAUGGAAGGACCCUCUCAAUGACUCGGUUGUGCCUGAUGGCUACCAUGAAUAUAUCCGGCCAAUUCUGAAGCAACAACUCCGUACUGCUAAACUCUAA